CCCUUAAACUUCGGAUCGUUAAGACAGAAGAGAGAGAAAACGACAGACCCCACUUCCAACACCUCAGACACUCCCCCUCAACUUGCCAUGACUGAGAAAGAGAUCUGAAGAAAAAAAAAGAGAGAGAAACAAAAUUAACAAUUAAAAUCCAAUCAAUCAAUCAAUCAAACAAACAAUCAAAUCUCAAUUUUCCGCCAUUGAAGCUAAGCUCUCAAGCUUUCUCUCUCCUCCUCCAUGCCUCGACCUCCAAACACCGAGUUCCAAGAAUGGUGGAACAAGCAGCAAAAGGAGAUUCACAACAAUCUCAAUCACAACCACAACCACAACACACCUUCCUCUGCUGCUACUACUACUACUUCGUCAACUUCCAAUGUCGAAAACCCUAAUUUCGUCUCCGUCGAGAUCGCUACAUCGGAAUCUGUAUCAUCGCCUGUAAAUCACAAGGAUCGCCGCAAUCGAACUCGCAGCAUCCGCCAGCUCUCCUUUUUCUGUCUUUUGAAGGUUCAGCAAUUCCUCCACUCUAUCUCUUCCAUUUUCUCCUCGUUUCUCUCUCUCCUCCGCACCGCCAACCGCCGCAUCGCUAAUUCGCCGCCGCUGCCUCGUCGUUACGCUGCCGAUUCUAGAUUUUACCGGCUGAUCAAAGUGCUUUUAGGUGUGGUUCUGAUUUUGCUGUGUUUUGAGCUGAUUGCUUACUUCAAAGGCUGGCAUUUUAGUCCGCCGUCGUUGCAUAAGGCGGAGGUGUUAGGGUUUGUUGAGCUGGUUUAUGCUAGUUGGUUGAGAAUUAGGGCGGAAUAUUUAGCUCCGCCAUUGCAGAGCUUGUCCAAUAUCUGCAUUGUAUUGUUUCUAGUGCAAUCGGUGGACCGUGCCGUGUUGAUGUUGGGUUGUUUUUGGAUAAAAUUGAGAGGGAUUAAGCCGGUUGCGGAAAUGGAGUAUUCUUCCAAGUCUGAGGAUCAUAAUGUGGAGGAUUUCCCUAUGGUUUUAGUGCAGAUUCCUAUGUGCAAUGAAAGGGAGGUCUAUCAAAAUUCCAUUGGAGCAGCAUGUGUCCAAGACUGGCCAAGGGAAAGAAUGCUUGUGCAAGUUUUGGACGAUUCUGAUGAUCCAGAUGUCCAACAGCUGAUAAAAGCAGAAGUUCAAAAGUGGCAACAAAGGGGUGUUCGCAUCUUGUAUAGACACCGUCUUAUCCGGACAGGUUAUAAGGCUGGAAAUCUAAAAUCUGCAAUGAACUGUAACUAUGUCAAAGACUACGAGUUUGUUGCCAUAUUUGAUGCUGACUUUCAACCAACACCAGAUUUUCUGAAGAAAACUGUUCCAUAUUUCAAGGGAAAUGAUGACCUUGCAUUAGUCCAAACAAGGUGGGAAUUUGUGAACAAGGAUGAAAACUUGCUGACAAGAUUGCAAUACAUAAAUUUGGCCUUCCACUUUGAGGUUGAGCAGCAAGUCAAUGGAGUGUUCAUCAACUUCUUUGGUUUUAAUGGAACAGCUGGUGUCUGGAGGAUCAAGGCUUUAGAGGAUUGUGGUGGCUGGUCAGAAAGGACAACUGUUGAAGACAUGGAUGUUGCUGUCCGUGCUCAUCUUUGUGGAUGGAAAUUCAUCUUUCUGAAUGAUGUGAAGUGUCUUUGUGAGCUGCCAGAGUCUUAUGAAGCGUACAAGAAACAGCAAUAUCGCUGGCAUUCAGGCCCUAUGCAAUUAUUUCGUAUGUGCUUCAUGGAAAUAAUUCGUUCGAAGGUGAGUUGGACGAAGAAGUUCAACCUAAUAUUUCUUUUCUUUUUGCUCAGAAAGCUUAUUCUACCCUUCUAUUCCUUCACUCUUUUCUGCAUCAUUCUUCCACUGACAAUGUUUCUCCCAGAAGCUCAUUUACCGGCUUGGGUAGUCUGUUAUGUCCCUGGUUUCAUGUCUCUGUUGAAUAUCCUUCCAGCUCCACAGUCAUUCCCAUUUAUAGUUCCCUAUUUAUUGUUUGAGAACACUAUGUCAGUUACCAAGUUCAAUGCCAUGAUUACUGGACUAUUUCGAUUUAAAGGUUCCUAUGAGUGGGUAGUAACAAAGAAAUCAGGAAGGUCAUCUGAAGCCGAUCUACUCGGUUUAUCAGAAAAAGAAUCUGAAAUUUCAGCGAACACGUCCACUUUACAAAGGUCUGCGUCAGACUCGGGCCUUGAAGAGCUGAACAAGUUGAACAUGAGUAAGAAAAGUGGGAAAAUUAAAAUAAAUCGAUUGUACAGAAAAGAACUUGCCCUGGCGUUUAUUUUAUUGACUGCCUCGGUCAGAAGCUUGUUAUCAGCACAAGGAAUUCACUUUUAUUUCCUGUUAUUUCAAGGAAUCACUUUCCUGAUUGUCGGCCUCGAUUUGAUAGGAGAGCAAGUAAGUUGAAGCCUUAUGUUACAUUGCCUGGGCAGUAACAAGCUGCUAUGGAAAUCUUUGCCAAAGAAUCUGGUCUAUGCGAAAACGAUAUGCCUAAUCACCUAUAUUCCAUUGGGAGUACGAAUAAUGAAAGCUUCUUUGACCGCACAGAAUUUGUAAGAAGUUCAGCUAUUUAUUCCAUUGGCAUUGGAUUACAGCCUAUAUCUGUAUUUAUUCGUUCGUGGAGACAGUUCAUAUUUACAGUUACCAGGUUACGCAAAAAUUUAGUAUCGCAUAGCCUGGGUCUUCGGUGCAGAUCCCUGUAGUGGAGGAAGCUCAGUGUGCUUUGGAUUGUUUGUGGUAAAACUACACUUUUACUGUAAAUCACUGGUGUCAAGAAAGGGUGACCUCUGGUGAAUAUGUUAAUUUUUCAAACCAUUCUUUAUAGUAAACAUUUACUGCUCUAGAUCAGUAAAAAAAUUGUUCUUUACCUGAUGAUUAAAUCUGUUAGCAGUGACAUUUGAUUAGGUUGUGAGGAUUUGUUGUAUCCUUGCUCCUCUUUAGAUACGGAAAAUAGGAAGCCAGAUUAAGAUUUUUGUUGUAUCCAACCUCGGAGAAGGUGUAUUGUAUUAUUUCCUGUAUUAUUUCAUGUAUCAUGUGAUUCGUGUCUCAUCUUGAGGCAUAUUAGGACUUGCUUGUAAGAAUCAAGAGAUGCUAGUUUACUUCCCAAUUCCCUAACUGUGGUUGGGAUUUAA